UCUGCAACUGUUGGCACUUCGGGCGUCCGGUUCUGCCUUUGGCUGUUCACCCUCCUCUUCUCGCCGCCUUGGAGGCACAGCUCCCGGCCGCCCUCCACCCUCGCGCCCACCCAGCGCCGCCGGGGAGCGGCCCGGCGCGCACUCAGCACCAUGAGCAGACUUGGGACUUGCCUGGCGACUUUGACCGGACUUUUGCUAACUGCGGCGGGGGACACGUUUUCAGGUGGUUGCCUCUUUGACGAGCCUUAUAGCAUGUGUGGAUACAGUCAGGCUGAAGAUGAUGACUUCAACUGGGAGCAGGUGAACACCUUGACCAAACCAACCUCUGACCCGUGGAUGCCAUCAGGUUCCUUCAUGUUGGUGAACACAUCUGGGAGAUCUGAGGGACAGAGAACCCACCUCCUCUUACCUCAGCUCAAGGAAAAUGACACCCACUGCAUUGAUUUUCACUACUUUGUAUCCAGCAAGAGUAAUUCUGCUCCCGGGUACCUGAACGUCUACGUGAAGGUCAAUAACGGGCCUUUGGGGAACCCUAUUUGGAAUAUAUCCGGAGACCCCAACCGUACAUGGAACAGGGCAGAGCUGGCCAUCAGUACUUUCUGGCCUAACUUUUAUCAGGUGAUUUUCGAAGUCAUCACUUCUGGACAUCAAGGCUACCUCGCUAUUGAUGAAGUGAAGGUGCUAGGCCAUCCUUGUACCAGAACGCCCCACUUCCUGCGGAUUCAGAACGUGGAGGUCAAUGCCGGCCAGUUUGCCACCUUCCAGUGCAGUGCCAUCGGCAGGACCGUGGCCGGCGACAGGCUCUGGUUACAGGGCAUUGAUGUACGGGAUGCUCCCUUGAAGGAAAUAAAGGUGACUAAUUCCCGGCGAUUCAUAGCGUCAUUUAAUGUCGUGAAUACAACCAAACGAGAUGCUGGAAAAUACCGCUGCAUGAUCCGAACCGAUGGAGGAGUUGGCAUAUCCAACUAUGCAGAAUUGGUAGUUAAAGAGCCCCCUGUUCCCAUAGCCCCGCCUCAGCUGGCCUCCGUGGGGGCCACCUACCUGUGGAUCCAACUUAACGCCAACUCCAUCAACGGGGACGGGCCCAUUGUGGCCAGGGAGGUGGAAUACUGCACUGCCAGCGGGAGCUGGAGUGACCGGCAGCCAGUGGACUCCACAAGCUACAAGAUCGGGCAUCUCGACCCAGACACGGAGUAUGAGAUCAGCGUGCUCCUCACUCGGCCAGGGGAGGGCGGCACUGGGUCUCCUGGGCCCGCUCUUAGAACCAGAACCAAGUGUGCAGAUCCCAUGCGCGGCCCAAGAAAAUUGGAAGUCGUGGAGGUCAAAUCUCGACAAAUCACUAUCCGCUGGGAGCCAUUUGGGUAUAAUGUGACUCGUUGCCAUAGUUACAACCUCACAGUCCACUACUGUUACAAAGUCGGAGGGCAGGAGCAAGUGCGAGAAGAAGUGAGCUGGGACACAGAUAACUCACACCCUCAACACACCAUCACCAACCUCUCUCCCUACACCAACGUCAGCGUGAAACUCAUCCUCAUGAAUCCCGAGGGACGGAAGGAAAGCCAGGAACUCGUAGUGCAGACAGAUGAGGAUCUUCCAGGAGCUGUUCUUACUGAAUCCAUCCAAGGAAGUACCUUUGAAGAGAAGAUAUUUCUUCAAUGGCGAGAACCAAUUCAAACCUAUGGUGUCAUCACUUUAUAUGAGAUCACCUACAAAGCAGUCAGUUCCUUUGACCCAGAAAUAGAUCUAUCCAAUCAAAGUGGAAGAGUUUCAAAACUGGGAAAUGAAACCCACUUUCUGUUUUUCGGACUCUAUCCGGGCACCACGUACUCCUUCACCAUCCGAGCUAGCACGGCUAAGGGUUUUGGACCUCCAGCCACAAAUCAGUUCACCACCAAAAUAUCAGCACCCUCCAUGCCGGCUUAUGAACUUGAGACACCCUUGAAUCAAACAGACAACACGGUGACGGUCCUGCUGAAGCCUGCACACAGCCGAGGCGCGCCUGUCAGUGUCUACCAAAUAGUUGUCGAGGAAGAGCGUCCUCGAAGAACUAAAAAGACAACAGAAAUCUUAAAAUGCUAUCCGGUGCCCAUCCACUUCCAGAACGCUUCAAUACUGAACUCCCAGUACUACUUCGCUGCCGAAUUCCCAGCCAACAGCCUCCAAGCGGCUCAGCCUUUUACUAUUGGUGAUAAUAAGACAUACAGUGGGUACUGGAACACCCCUCUCCUUCCCCAUAAAAGCUACAGAAUUUAUUUCCAAGCUGCUAGUAGAGCCAACGGGGAAACCAAAAUAGAUUGUGUCCGAGUGGCCACAAAAGGAGCUGCCACUCCAAAACCAGUCCCAGAACCCGAGAAACAGACAGACCACACAGUCAAGAUCGCGGGAGUCAUUGCUGGCAUCUUGCUGUUCGUCAUUAUCUUUCUCGGAGUCGUGUUGGUCAUGAAGAAAAGGAAACUGGCCAAGAAGAGGAAGGAGACGAUGAGCAGCACGCGGCAGGAGAUGACAGUGAUGGUGAGCUCUAUGGACAAGAGCUACGCAGAGCAGGGCACCAGCUGCGACGAGGCCUUCUCCUUCAUGGACACGCACAACCUCAAUGGGAGAUCUGUGUCGUCACCAUCGUCCUUUACCAUGAAAACAAACACCCUGAGCACGUCGGUGCCUAAUUCCUAUUACCCAGACGAGACGCACACCAUGGCCAGCGACACCAGCAGCUUGGUGCAGCCCCACACCUACAAGAAGCGCGAGCCCGCCGACGUGCCCUACCAGACUGGGCAGCUGCACCCCGCCAUCCGCGUGGCCGACCUGCUUCAGCACAUCACACAGAUGAAGUGCGCCGAGGGCUACGGCUUCAAGGAGGAGUAUGAGAGCUUCUUUGAAGGGCAGUCUGCACCAUGGGACUCUGCUAAGAAAGAUGAAAACAGAAUGAAGAACAGAUAUGGGAACAUUAUUGCAUAUGAUCAUUCCCGGGUGAGGCUGCAGACCAUAGAAGGAGAAAACAACUCAGACUACAUCAACGGAAAUUACAUCGACGGUUAUCACCGACCCAAUCACUAUAUCGCUACGCAAGGACCAAUGCAAGAGACCAUCUAUGACUUCUGGAGGAUGGUGUGGCACGAAAACACGGCGAGCAUCAUCAUGGUGACCAACCUGGUGGAAGUGGGGAGGGUCAAAUGCUGCAAAUACUGGCCAGAUGACACAGAGAUCUACAAAGACAUUAAAGUCACCCUAAUAGAAACAGAGCUACUGGCAGAAUAUGUGAUAAGAACAUUUGCUGUUGAAAAGGGAGGGGCCGGAAGCGAAGCAAACUGCAGUCCAUCCAGAGAAGUGUCGCAGCGAGGCGUUCACGAAAUCCGAGAGAUCAGACAGUUUCACUUCACGGGCUGGCCGGACCACGGGGUGCCCUACCACGCCACCGGGCUGCUGGGAUUCGUCCGGCAGGUGAAAUCUAAGAGCCCACCCAACGCAGGCCCGUUGGUGGUACACUGCAGUGCUGGUGCGGGCAGGACCGGCUGUUUCAUUGUCAUCGACAUCAUGCUGGACAUGGCCGAGAGGGAAGGGGUAGUGGACAUCUACAACUGCGUCCGGGAGCUGCGGUCUCGGAGGGUGAACAUGGUGCAGACCGAGGAGCAGUAUGUGUUCAUCCACGAUGCCAUCCUGGAAGCCUGUCUUUGUGGAGACACCUCGGUGCCUGCUUCCCAAGUCAGGUCUCUCUAUUAUGACAUGAACAAGCUGGACCCACAGACAAACUCGAGCCAGAUUAAAGAGGAAUUCCGGACCCUGAACAUGGUGACGCCGACCCUGCGGGUGGAAGACUGCAGCAUUGCGCUCCUGCCCCGGAACCACGAGAAGAACCGCUGCAUGGACAUCCUGCCCCCCGACCGCUGCCUGCCCUUCCUCAUCACCAUCGACGGCGAGAGCAGCAACUACAUCAACGCCGCCCUCAUGGACAGCUAUAAACAGCCCUCGGCUUUUAUAGUCACCCAGCAUCCUUUGCCAAACACAGUGAAAGACUUCUGGAGGCUGGUCCUGGAUUACCACUGCACGUCUGUGGUCAUGCUGAACGACGUGGAUCCGGCCCAGUUGUGUCCACAGUACUGGCCAGAGAACGGAGUCCACAGACAUGGCCCCAUCCAGGUGGAAUUUGUUUCUGCUGACCUGGAAGAAGACAUCAUCAGCAGGAUAUUCCGAAUUUACAACGCAGCCCGACCCCAGGACGGGUACCGGAUGGUGCAGCAGUUCCAGUUUCUGGGCUGGCCCACGUACAGGGACACACCGGUGUCCAAGCGCUCCUUUUUGAAGCUCAUCCGCCAGGUGGACAAGUGGCAGGAGGAGUACAACGGCGGGGAAGGCCGCACAGUCGUGCACUGCCUGAAUGGGGGAGGCCGCAGCGGGACCUUCUGUGCCAUCAGCAUCGUCUGUGAGAUGCUCCGGCACCAGAGGACAGUGGACGUCUUCCACGCCGUGAAGACGCUGAGGAACAACAAGCCCAACAUGGUGGACCUGCUGGAUCAGUACAAGUUCUGCUACGAGGUAGCCCUAGAAUACUUGAAUGCUGGCUGACGGCGUACACAGCCCUGCACACAAACCUUUCUCCCUGCAAAGCCAGGACGUGCCGUGGUGUUCGUGCGAUGAGAUGAAGACUUCUCAAUAUGCUUAUUUUGCUUUGCCUAUUUGGCUCUUUUUAAGAGCCCAACAAAGUGUUUAUAAAACUGCUUGCACUGCCCGAUUCCCAGUAGUGCUGCUGCCUGACAGAAACCUACCCACAGCACCCAGUGGUCCAACCCUGUCCUCCUAGACACCGGGCUCCAUAGCGCGGCGCGGACAGCUGGUAGAUUCAAGAGCACAAUUAUAUUCUUACGAAGGAAUUUGUACCUUUGGGGUAUUAUUUUGUGGCCCGUGAACCUUGGUUAUUGUUACAACUGAGUGUACAUUUUUGUUCUGUGGAGAAUGCUACCUGGCAUUAUAAUAUAUUAUUUUAGUUAAUAUUUGUAUUUUAACAUGUCGCAUAAUAUAUGUAGCGUUCCAAGACUAACAGAUAAACAUAUAAUGAACAAAGAGAUGUUGUAUGAGCUGUUGUUUCUAUCAGAUUUGUAUUGUUUCCAAGGGAAAAGCUUGGGAGGCAUUUGGUUCACAAAGGCGGAGAUCAACGUCAGAUUCACAGAUCCGAAGCUUUUCCGUGUGUUUAUAUUGUAAAUAUUUUUGAUUUCAUCAAAUUAUUUAUUCAUUAAAAGAAAUUUUUGUGAAGCACAAUGAGUGACAAUCAUUUUUAUCCAGCCCUGGAAAUGACUUACUGUAUGAUGCUACCUUGUGUGAAUACUCAACUCAAUAAAUAAAG